AUGUUCUUUCGCGCGAAGGUUUUUCCUGGGCCUGGCCCUCUCGGCCUGAGAGUCUUCCUUUCCAAGUGGUGGAAUCUUUCGAAAGUCAAGCCUGAGGAAGUCAUUCCCGCCGAAACUCUCCAAUUCCUUUGGGAGCGUCGUCGAGCGUCUCUCCGCACCCUCUUUUAUCUUCCCAUCGACUGGCUUGUGUGCUUCCGUGAACACGAAACGGAGGAGGCCUACUGGGAUGCCGUCGCAGAGCUCGAGGCGGCUGCUGUUGAGCCACCUGUCUCCGGUCGAAGCUUUAUGGCCUUCCGUACAUCUGCCAAGGUGCCCAAGGUUCGUGAGUCCUUUCAAUCCUGGCCAGCCGUUCAGCUGGGUUCCUAUUUUGACAUGAAGACCAACACUUUCACUGUCGUUGACCACUGGGACGAUGAGGAAAAUCCGGAAGAUCCCGCCCAGCCCCCUCCUUACCGACUGCGUGUCCUGAUCCAACUGACGGAGGGAUACGAUGACCGAGGUACGUUCCCGACCCGUAUCAUGCAUCUUCCUCCCGGACUUACCGUCAACCGAGCUGCUUACAGCCCCAAGCCCUUGCACGACUUGGUGUAUCUGGACUGGGAGUAA